AUGUCACAUCUCGCUCCUCGACUGCGACAACAGCCUUUGAAUCAGAAAGACCAACGCAAGUCGAAGAUCGUGACUGCGAGGAUGAGAGCAGAACGCGAAGCUGCCAUUCCCAAGACCAGCAAAACUCUGCCUCUCUCGGGACUUCUGUCCAAGUUCGCCCUCCCCGCUCCUACACGCCCUGUACCACCUCCCUCCAAAGCCAAGACCAAACCUCUCGCACCCGCUUCCUCAGAUCCCAUUAUACCCUUUUCUUCCGAAGCCGACAUGGAUGAUAGCCAUCCCUCACAUUCUCCCUCACGAUCGCAAUCUCCGCCUGCUGCAGCGCGCGCCUCCCAUACAUCUACGCCUCCGCCUCCAACUCGUACACAAGAAGAGUCCCCAACGCCUUCUCCCUUCCGCAUGAAUGCCAUGCGUCUCUUGCCAUCUGCCUCUACCUCCGCCGUUCCUAGCAACAUGAAGUCCAUCUCUAAAUACUCGCCGAAGUCAAAGCCUGGUCCUAGCACCUCGAUGCCAUCACUCCCACUACCGAGAUUGCCUUUGGCAGAUUCGGACUCCGAGGGCUCUGACAUGGAGCUUCCAACCGUGUCCAACAUCCUCUCGAGCGUUCAAGCCGAACAAGCCGCUAAAGCCCGUGCUCAACGUCUCGCGGAGUUCAAAGAACAAGCAUUGGCAAGACAACAGGAGCGCGCCCUUGCUGGCGUCGUGGACAGUGACGAAGACGACGACGACGACGACGAGAGUGUUGAGUUGGAGGUGGUGAAACCCGGGAGGGAUAUGAGGGUGGAUGUUGAGGAGGUGGGGAGGGAGAGAAAGUUGAUGCCGAGGAAGUCGAAGGGGGCGGCGAUGGCGGUCACGUAUGGGAAGGUUCCUUUGGCGAGGGCUGAUCAGGGGUCUUCGCCCCUUCGACCGUCACCGAGGAAGUCACCGAGGAAGAAGGCCAUGGGUGAUAUGGAUGGAGUGGUAGAUCUGGAUGAGGAUGCUGAGGAUGAGAGGGACGAGGAGGAGGAGAUGUUGAGAGAUCUGGCACGGCCGGCAUUCGAGAAGAGAGAUGCUGCGUCACGUUCAAGGGCGAAGGCGAUCACUAACUCGACGGCUCACUCGCUCUCGAAGGCUCGUAGAAACGGAGCGACGGACUUGGGGACGGCUGCGGGAUUGGGCGGGCUGUUGUUGAGAAGACAACGUGAGAUAAAUGCGGGGGAAGUCAAGAGGCGUGAGGAGGAGUGGGUGCGGAGGGGCGGAAGUUUACCUCAGACGAUACUUGACGAUGCAGAAGGGCAGCAGAAGUUGAGAGAGAUUGCAGAGAGGGCUCUCAAGAAACAAGCUGAGGGUAACGCCGAUGAGAUGAAUCCAGAUGAUGAUGAGGAAGGUGACGGAGAGUAUGUCCCUGAGGAGGACGAAGCAGUCGACAGGGGAAGUGGCAGUGACGGAGAAGACGAGGGAGGGGAUGAGAAUGCUCAAGAGGAAUGGGUCGGUGACGAGAAUAUGGCAGUAGACGAGAACGAGCGUCCAGCCGAUCUUGCACUCGAUGACGACGAGGACGAAGACCAGGAGAAUAUCUUCGCACAACCCCGUCCCCGACCUCGUCCACGCCCUCGUGCUCGACCCGCUCGUACCGCUGUUGUUCUUGACUCUGACGAUGAGAAUGCUCAACCUGCGGAAGCACGGUCCCUCGAUGGGAACUCAACCGAUACCGACAAAGAGAACGCCCGAGAGCGGAUGUACGACGUCGGAGAAGACAAGGAGAACAACUCCGUCCCUCGAUUCGGUCCCUUUUCAAUUUCUCAGAGUUCAUCUUCUGCAGGUGUUGUCCGCCCAGGCUUAAGGUCGAGACACGCAUCGACUUCAUCAGCUUCUGGCCUUGGGCUAAGUGGUGUCGCUAGCCCGGAGAAUGGGAGAGGGGUACGUGAGGAGAGGACUCCGUUGAAGGAGCUGUCCACUCCACCUGAAGGGAUCGAUGAUCCGUUCGGUGAUCCUGCAUUGCCUUUGUCGAAUCCGACUGCUACUCCUUCGACUAAGAGGACGGGGGUGUUGGGGCGGAAUCAGUCGUUCGUCGAGCUGUUGAAGUCGUCUCCCGUCUUGGACGCCGACGAGGACAAGGGGAAGAGUACGAGCAAGGGUCUCGAUGACAGAGCUGAUGGGAACGGCGAGCUGAUGCCUGCACCGGUGGGGCUUGGGGGCGGGUUUGGCGAUAUGUUCGAUGACGAGUUCAGGACGCAGAAGCCUGCUAAGAGCCAGAAGACGGAGAUGAAGGCGCCAGCUUUGAUCCCGACGCAGGGCUUGACGCAAGGAGGUGGUUUGAAGGGGAUGAAGUUUGGUGGGCUGGAGGACUCGUUCGAGUUCACCCAGGAGGUGUCCUCUAUCAAAUCGUCAAACCUCGCUGGUGGCAGCGGGUUCGCCGCCCUCCGUGGUCAAGCUACCUCCGCCGAAGACAUCUCCCUCACUCUCGAUCCUGCUUUCACCGACACCGACAAGCUGCUCGAGGUGGAUGACACGCUGCGACAGAAGGCGGAAGCGAUCUUCGAGAAGGAACAAGAGUAUGUCGUGCUAGGCAAGGAAGCCAACGGCAAGGGAAAGCCUCAGCUUUGGGUCACGGAAAAUGGAUUCCUGACGCAAACUCGACCGGACGUAUCCUCCCCCGAGCUUUACCGCCCCUCGCCCUCCCAACGUCUCACCCAGUCCCAAUACAUGACCCAGACCCAUCGCCGACGCCUGUCCGACGCAGCGUCCUCCACCAUCCUCUCCCCCGCAUUCUCACCCUCCCUUACUCUUACUGCCCGCACCGCACGUCAACCACUCGGUACGCUUACUCUCGAAACACCAGAUGUCGAAGAGGAACGUGGACGGCUGAGGAGGUUGAGGAAGGGGAGGAGGGAUAGUAGUAGUGAGGAACGAAGAGAGGAAGAAAGCCCGAGCCCGAGUCCUAGCCCGAGUCCUUCUAAGCGUCCGCUGCCGGGUUUGGCAAUACCAGUGCGGAAGGAGAAGGGUAAGGAAAGGGAAAGGGAAGAUGUGUUUGGUGCGUUGCUUGCCGGGGCGAAGAGUUUGGGUAAGGAUAGAGGGAGAGAGAAGAUGAUGAGGGAGAUGAAUGGGCCUGUGGGCAGGUCGGAGUUCGUGAUGAACGAGGCGGAGGAGGAAGAUGAUGAUGAGAUGCUUGGGUGGGGAGGGACGUUGAAGAGGAAGAUCGGCGGUGCGGGUGGGGAUGAGGACGAUGAGGGAGAGGACGAUGGGAGAGAUUUGGUAGGGUUGCUGGAUGAGAGGGUGAUUGGGGAGGAUGAGAUCGCGAGGGAGAAGGUCGUGGAGAAGGCGAGAGAGCAUGAAGAACAGGAUGAUGCAAAGAUGGCCAAAGUUGUACACGACGUCGUCCAAGGCCGGAUGAGGACGAAACGACGGAACCGUGGUCUUGGGAUGGAAGAUUCGGACUCCGAAGAGGAGGAUGAGGAGGCGAGGAUGUUAAGGAGGAAAAGCAUGAACAAAAAGAGGAGGAUCGAGGGGGAUAAGCUUGAGGACCUUGCCAAGAACCCGGAAACCAGAGCCUUUUAUGAUGCCUACCGGAGUCACCUCGACGAGGACGACGCUUUCGCAAAGAUCGUGGCCGAUGAGGACGAGGAGAUGAACGUCGACGGAGGGCCAGUCGAGGGCCGUGAUGAGAAUGACGACAACGAAGAGGGUCCGAGGGAGGAGAUCACUGCGGAGGAGGUGAGGAGGGCGAUUCGGGCUGGGCAAUUCAAGAACGAGCCUACGUUGGACAUCCACAACGUUGCAUGGGUAGACGAAGAUGAGAACGACGAUGACGAGGAGGAGAAUGAGAACGGGAGGAGGUUCAAUGUACGGGAGGUUUCGUUCGAUGGCCCCGCUGCUACGUCUACUACUGGUUCGAGGAGCAAGGCGAUGCCGCCUCCGAUGUUUGGUGGGAAGAGGGUGGAGAGCGAUGUUGUUGAUUAUGACCAUCCAGUCAAGCGCCCCACACGCGCUGAAUCGAACGAAGACGUCAAGCGACUCACGCUCUGGGCCAAGGAAGAGAGCAUGACGAGGGGAAUGUCGAGCGGUUCGGGGAUGGGGAGCUCGUCCGGCGCAGCUGUCACUGGCCACGGAAAGAAGAAAGUCGCGCCGAAUGCGAAAUCGGGUGGUGCGAACGGGUUUGGGAGAGGUAGCAGUGCGGGGGCCAAGGCGACUGAUGGGAAGUCGAAAGGGAAGAGGGCAUUGGAGAAGCAGCCGAGUGUGUUGGCGAGGCUGGGGGAUAGGAAGGAUAGGUUCACGAGUUGA